AUGCCACGUCCCUCGUUGGAUGACAGCAGCCUGGCCUUGGUGGCUGAGCCUGCACUCCCCCCAAAAUGCCCCGGCUCUGCCCCAGAGCUGCCCCCUGCAGCAGCCAGCCCCACGGCCGACCCCAGCCAGGAGUGGAAAGUGGUGAAGAUUCAACGGGUCCUCAUCAACCCAGCCGGCGAGCUGAGGAAAGCAGGUCUCUCCCGCAGCGCCAGCCUCUCCGAGAAGGAGCUGAAGGAGGCGAAGGCGCGGAGUCGGAGGAUUGCGGCACAGCUCACCACGGCGCCCGGCCCCAGCUCCAAGGGCGUCCUGCUCUUCAACCGCCGCAAGCAGCGCGUUGACGGGCUCGCCGGGGCCGGGCAUGGCGGGGGGCUGCCGCUGAGCCCCACGCCCCGGCCUUGGCAAGCAGCCAUGGAGGAGGGCGAGGGGCAGGGGACGAAGUCGGAGCCUGACCAGCUCGGCACCUCAGGAGAGGGGCUGCGGGCGAAUGCCUCCCCGUGCCGGGAGCCGCCUGCUGAAGCCCAGCAGGUCCCGCUUAGCAUCUACCUGAAGGAGAACAUGGCAUCGGCUGCCACCAACGGCGUGCAGGAGCGGGUGGCCAGCGGGAUGGAGAGUGGGAGCCCCAAGGAGGGGAAGAAUGGUGAGGUGCCCGGCAAGGUGCCCGGCAAGGUGCCCAGCGCACCAGCGGGGACGGCCACAGGGACAGCAUCCCCGGCCAGCCGGCAGCAGAACGGGACACAGGGCCGGCAGUACUACGAGGUCCAUCUCACCCUGGCCAAGCCCAAGCCCGUGAAGAACCGGACGGCCAGACCCUUCGGCAUCCAGGCGUCCCCCCUGAGCGGCCAGCCCCCAGAGGGACCCCCUGCCGCUGAGCUGCCCCCGCCACCCACCUACGCGGAGACCCUGAGCAGCCCCCCACCGCUCACCCGCGUCCGCUCACCCCCUGCCUACUCGGCCCUGUACCCACCCCGGGAGCAGAAGAUGCUGCCAGGUCCCCCCCUGGGCUGUGCAAGCGGACCGAACCCCCUGCCCAAAACGGGGAUCCUGGAGGAGUCAGCCGCCCGGAGAGCUGGCAAAAAGUCCAUGUUCACCUUCGUUGAGAAGCCAAAGCUGGGCCCCAACCCCGAUCUGCUGGAUCUGGUUCAGAGCGUGGACAGCAGGAAGAAGCAGAAGGAGCAGGGGGAGCCCAGUGCUGAGGACGAGCCCUUUGACCUUGGGGCCGAAGCUGCCAACUUUGUCCCCAACAGCAUGGCCAGGGGCGGGCAGCACCUCCCGCCGGCUGACGAUGCUCCGGCGUGGUCCUCCUGCCUCAAGUCUCCCACCGUCCAGCCCAAGCCGAAGCCGCAGCCCAGCCACAACCUCAGUGAAGCGAGAGGGAAGGGGGCUGAGCUCUUCGCCCGCCGGCAAUCCAGGAUGGAGAAGUUCAUCAUCGAGGCUCCUUCCCAGCCCGAGCUGCUGCGGUCCCCAUCGCCCACCAUGUCCCUGCCUCCCUCCUGGAAGUAUGAUGCCAACGCUUGCCUGUCGCCCAUGGUCUCCAGACACCCCUCCAAGAGUCCCUCCAGGCCCUCCAAAACCCCCCCAGCAUCUCUCUAUGGCAGUAACCUGAUGGAGAACGAGGUCUCGCAGAAGGAGCUGGAGAUCUCCAAGUACCAGCCCUACCAGCUCCAGUCUUCGCUCUUCAUUCUCUCCCCAUCCAAGGGGCCAGCGAGGUCCAUGCCCCGGGAGAUGCCUCCACCCAGACCCUCUCUUCCCGACGCCUACCCCUACCCCCAGCAAACCUCCUGCCCGACCUCUCCGUUGCCUCCUUCCUCCGUUUGGCAUCCCCCCGCCGUGCCCAGUGCUGGCCAGACCACCUCCAGCCCCUUCCCCGGCGCCGCUGGGGCUCUGCCCCUGACUCACGGCAGCCGUGCUGGUCCCGGAGCCCCGACCGAGGUGCUGCUGGCCUCCCCGUGCCGCCUGCUGCCGCCCCGAGCAAAGGGAGGCUUCCAGGCGCCCCGGCCCUCCUACUCUACCAGGAAUGCCGGCAUCGAGCCGCAGGAAAGGCGGCCGUCCCUCCCCGCCUCACCCACCUGGACGCCCCGGCUGACGCGGCGCCCGGGCAGCCUGGACGGCUGGGCCAGCCCGGCCUCGGUUCCCGAGCUGGACGAGGGACCCCCCACGUCCCCUCCGUGGAGCGAGAGGUCCCUGUCCCCGCUUCGGCAGGACACCGACCCCCGGGCCAGCCGGCAGAUGCAAGCGCGGCUCGCCAGGAACAUCAUCAACGCUGCCCGGAGGAAGAGCUCCUCUCCCAAAGCCGUGGGGCCGGAGGGCUCCCGGCCUUUCACCCCCAUCCCUGCCGGCCCCCCCAGCCUGCCCCAGUCCCCCCGGCCAGCGCGGCCGGAGAGCUCCAGAACCCCGGCACUGCAGGCUGCCAGCAGCGUGCUGGGGAGCCUGGGCAGCCCCUCGCCCACCCACAAAAGCCCCCUGCGAUCACCCCGGGCAGAUGGCCCCCAAUUUUGUGCCUCCCCCGGGAUGCCCCGAGCCGCCUGGGCAGAGGGUCGCCAGCUCCUGCUGCCACCCAGCAUGUCCUCUUGCCCUGUCCCCAGCCUUUCCCCCAGCCCCAAGAGCCCCCUGCCAUCCCCCGUGGUGGGCGGGCGGUCCUCGGCCAAGCGCUGCACCUCCCGGUCCCCGACGGACUCGGACGUCUCCCUCGACUCCGAAGACUCGGGGGCCAAAAGCCCGGGCAUCCACAGCUUCAACCUCUGCCCCCGGGGCUGGACCAGCAGCCUGCGGCUGAAGCCGGGGGGUCCCUCGGGGGCCUCCUGCACCUCCUAGAAGAGCCAGCCCUGGCCGGGCCACCCUCUCCCUGGCCCCACCAGUCCAGGCGAUGCCACCCGCUGAUCCCCCACUGGGAACACCCCAACCCUCGGGGCUGAGAUCCCCAAAAACCGGCAUCCCUACUCCCUGGCAGAGCUGCCGUGGCCCCUCGGCAUGCCAGCAGGGUCAGGUGCCUCCCGCCUGCCCGCCAUCCCAUGGCCCCACUCUAUUUUUACCACCCUAACCUUUCGGGGCAGGACUGCAUGGUCAGCAGGCAGAGCAGGCAGAACAGGCAGCGGGGGGAGCCAGCCCCCAGCACGCCCCCUCCCUCCGCAGCCCCUGGCCACCAGCCGGCCCCGUGCCACAUAGCCAGGAUGGGGAUGGGCUCGGUGGUCCCCUGCGAGCCCCCUGUCCCCAGUGCCGAGGUGUCACCCCAGGGUGUCACCGCAGCUCUGCUUUCCUGGGGUGGCACAGCCAGUGCUGCUGCCGCCGGGUCACGGCGCACCCGGUGAGGGGUGGGCAGCACCGAGCAGGUGCCAUGGGCACCUCUCCCAGCCUCUCCCAGCCUCCAGAUCUGGCUGGUUUCAAUUGAAACCAGAUUUUGGGGAGGAAAAGUUAAUUUUUUAUUCCAGCCCCCCAGUUCUUCAUUGUCUUUUUUUUUUUCCUUCUGACCCUUCCCAAAGAAAUUCCCCAUGUCCUUCCCUGGUGACCAGAAAGAGAGCCAAAGUUAUUUAUUGCCACGUCAAGGGGACCAUUUACAGGUGCCCUCCCGCCCUGCACGGGCAAAGAGGGACAGCCCCAUCCUGUACCCUGUCACUGUCCCCAUCCCCAGGCUCACCCCAUCCCUGUCCCCACCCCUGCGGGAUGGAGGGACACACGGGGACCAGCAGGCGCUGGGUGGGAGGAGGUGGGGGGGGGCGAAGGAAGCGGUACAGGUUGCAGAGGGUUUGAAGGAGGUGUCGGUGCAGGAGGCGAUGCUCAGAGUGUCUCGGGGAUGAGCUGGUGUCCCCACAGGGAGCCCUGCAAGGGCUGGGGGGGUGGGCAGAGGCCCCCCGAGGGCAGCAGUGUCAGAAGGAGAUUUGGGAGGGGUGAUGGGGAGAGGAGGGUGUCAGGGUGGAUACAGUUAUGUGGCAGAGCCUGGGGAGAGCAGUGGGUGCCCAGGAGGGCAAUGGGUCCCCAAAGCACUUGUCCCCACCCAGGGGUGAGCAGGAGCCAGUUGGGGUGCCAGGAGAUGCUACGGCAGUGACCGCAGCCGCCCACCCAGAGCACAGGGCCUUGGUGCCGGUAAGACCAGCACCGAGAAAGGAGGAUGUGUUUGGGCUGCCAGGGCUCUGGCACGUUCCCUGUUCAGGGAGCCGCCAUCACCCCUUCCCUUUCCCCGGGACACGCUGUUGGAGCCAGCCCAUCCCUGUUGCCUGGGAUCCCCCUGCCCUGCAGCCUGCCCUUCCCAGGACACAGACCCCCCUCGCUCCACCAGCCACCACGACCCGCCUUCGCCACAUAGUUGUAUACCCAACUCAGAAAUAAACUGCCGUUA